AGCGUUGUCACGGACGUAUCCGAAUGAUGGCGGUUGUGUCACUGAAACCGAAAGUUUUUUAUAUCCGCCUCCAUCGGUGGAAUCUGUCAAUUUACAGGGAUGUUUACGCUGGCUAUUGCACACAGUCAUACCAAGAUACCUGCUAUACAUCGGAGAAAUACUAUACAAGCUGCGGGUUGUUUGGUUGGGGAAGAUGUACAAGGCACAGGACAGUAAGCUACAGCUGUACACGUUAUAGACAGGUGUGUUGUUCCGGUUAUACUGGAAGUAGCUGUAGUACACCUUUGUGCGAAGGACCAAAUUCCUGUCUGAAUGGUGGCACGUGCCAGUCUCCUAACAUGUGCAGUUGUCCUAACGGGUAUUCCUCACCAAGAUGUAAUGAUAUCAAUGAAUGUGCCAGUAGUUCUCAUGGAUGCAAACAGACAUGUGUAAACACCCACGGCUCUUACUAUUGUACGUGCAGAACUGGUUAUACACUUAGUUCGGAUCUAAAGUCAUGUAUUGAUUUGAACGAAUGUAAUAAUAACAAUGGUGGAUGUGACCAAACUUGCAACAACAAUGUUGGAUCAUACACGUGUAGCUGUAGAAGUGGGUACAGGUUAGGCGGACGAACAUGCUAUGACAUAGAUGAAUGCAGCCUUGGCACAUCAGGAUGUGAGCAUCAGUGCAGAAACACAGUAGGCUCUUACAUAUGUUCGUGUAAUACAGGUUACAUAUUAGCUGUUAAUGGAAAACAAUGUGAAGACAUUGACGAGUGUGCUGAUGACACUGCUAUUUGCAAAGGUUACUGUAACAACAACCCAGGGUCUUACACUUGCUAUUGUAGUUCGGGCUUUAUUCUUGAGGAUGAUGGCUAUUCCUGUAAAGAUUUGGAUGAGUGUACUAUCAGAAAUGGAAACUGCGAUCAGAAAUGUAUAAACGAACCCGGUUCACACAGAUGUGAGUGUUACAGCGGAUACAGGAUAACAGGAGGAACUUCAGGCAGUCUGUGCAAAGACAUUGAUGAAUGCUCUGAAUCAAGCGCCAGAUGCACACAGAUUUGUAACAACAUUGAUGGAUCUUAUACCUGCAGUUGCAACUUGGGAUACUAUCUUGAUACAGAUGGGUACACUUGCAGGGAUACAAAUGACUGUGAAGGUGUAACAUGCGAGAAUGGGGGUUACUGUGUUGAUAGUUUAAACUCCUACACAUGCAUUUGUGAAGCAGGUUUCAGCGGUCAACAUUGUGAAACAGACAUCAAUGAGUGUGAAUAUGCAAACGGUGGUUGUCAGGACAUUUGUAUAAAUACAGAAGGUUCGUUUCAAUGCAACUGUUCCGGGGAGGGUGAACUGCAGGAUGAUGGGGUUUCCUGUGCCGGGGGUGAAGCAGAAAAAGACACAGUGUUUAAACGGCUAGAAAUACCUCGGCAGCUACUUCCAAAACCAUGUUUUACUGUUCUACUUGUCCAUUGCACAGAUGGUAAUGAUAUCAAUAUUACCCUCUCUUCUACCUCAGAGUGGUACCGACUGACUGAUGAUACCGAUGUCAUGUAUACGCUUGGUAUAGUCUUUGUGAAAGUAAAUGAUUUCUCUAUUCCAAUGUCUCUAAAAGGAAUCGAAGUUACUUUAAGAAAUGGCGAAUUCGUCUUUAACUAUAGAGUGCAAUACGGGUCGGCACAAGGAACACUUAUAGAAAAUGAUUUGACACCAGAAGACUGUCGAUCUUUUGAACUAGUGGAGGCUGAUUUCUUUGAUUUUACCAACAUGGACUCUUUUAUGAAAACGUUUCUUUUAUCGCUGUUUCCGGCACUUCCUAUGAGCUUCGAAAAGUCUAGCACUGAAAUAUUGUCUGUACAAGACAUAAGGAGCGAUCUAAUAUAUGGGAGAAAUAUGGAUGGGGUUUCAUGGUGCACAGGGGCGCCCGUAUUACCAGACCAUUUAUACACAGUGUUUAGAUUUGAUACCGGAUUUACACUUAGUGUUAUGGGAAGCGAAGUUGAUAUUCCUAAACCAUUGAAUUCUCGAAAAUUUUGCCUGAUUGUUGACCUUUGUCACAGCUACGGUGGAACAGUGUUUUUAAUGAUUCCAGAAGAGUCUCGUAAUUUCCUGUUGGAUCUGAAUAUAUUUCAGACACUUAAGGAAGAGCAGAAUAUUCACAUCCUUCCGAGAGGAAUCGGUAUUUCAUUAGUAAAUGGAAUAAAUGCUAAUUAUCAUACAUUAUCUGAUCAGCUUUGGAAUGGAGAUUUGAUGUUCACGCCCUUAUUACCGGAAGUGGAUUUCUGGAUUGGCGGAAGCUUGAUCAAAUAUGAUGAAUAUUUCACAGUUGACGGAAAUGCUGAUAUUUAUUUAGGCGUUCCGAGUGUUCAGACGAUGUUGACAUCAAUUUUUCGAGAAGAAUGGACAGGGUUAGUUGAUAUACAGCUGUCCGUGUCACCAGUCCUGAGAUUCAAACUUCUUGGCAAUGACUAUUCAAUUUCCCUUCAGCUAGUCACAGCAUCAUUAAAUACUUACAUUUCAGUUGGAGGCUCAAAUCGGAAAUGGUGUGGCGAAGAUUCAAAUCCACAAGGUAUAUUUCUAUCCGCAAUGGUUGAAAUUAACCCGUUUAAAGGGGUUCCUUUCCUCGAAGAUUUCGCGUUUUCAUCCACAAAUCGUUUACACAUGUUUGUGACUACAGACCCGCUAGAAAAUCCUCUUGAAGAAAUAAAUUUUAACAUAACACAUGAUAUAUUAGAAGUAGACACGCUGCUCAACAACACUGUAUCCAUUCUUGACGAGGCGAUAGACGAUAUUGAACUUGCCUUAUCGGAAGCAACAAAAGCGAUUGUUGUUGAAAUAAAAGAGAGUGUAGUAGCAAUAAAGAAUAUAAUAACUAUAAAUUUUAACGAUUUGCUCUCUGGAAAUUUUGAAGAGCUCGAAGGUCACCUUGAAGAUAUUCGACAAAAUUUUUAUCAAUUAAGAUCUGCUGUUUACAACUUUGCCGAUGAAACUGAAUUCAUUGUCAAUGAAGCGAAAGAUAACUUCACAGAUUUACUCGAAAGCCACGUCAAAAUCAUUGAAGAAAAUAUAAGAAACAUUUUUAACGAAAUAACAAACAGUAUUAUUUCAUCGGUUGGAAACUACACAGGGGUUGGUUUAAAGUUCACAACGGACUGGGAAAUAUUUGGAUUGAAACUAUUUGGCUUUGAUUUAGAAAUUGUGUAUUCAAAGGGAGAUUUAUUUCGAUGCAGCCGAUUUGAGGAAGUAAAGCAACUCCUCGAUGGGGAAAAUGCUUUACGUGUUUUAGGUAGGGCAUCCAGGGAGAAAAGACUAGGAAAAUUUCUUAAAUAUGAAAAAGGAUUUGGUGUAGGCGGAGCCUUCGCUAUAAACUCUAAAAAUGUUAUAUUACAUUUGCAAGCGUUUGUUAGUAUGCUCGGAAUAAAAGCAACUGGAGACCUCUUCAUUAGCAGAAAUGGAAUAUAUUUCUAUUUAGAAGGCAAUGUCUGGGAUAUUUUUCUCGCUCAAAUAGAAGUUACAGCCGAGGUUGGAAAGGAAUGGUAUCAGCUGACAUUUAAUCUUCGUGGUCGUUUUGUUGCAAAGGCGAGAAGAAAACGUCAUUUACAAGAAUAUACUGAAAAUACGGCAAUGCAGUAUAAAAAUGCGUAUGUGUUUCGGCAAGCGAGAGAAAGGCGACAGGUUCAGUCCGAUAGCUCUUCCUUUCAAGACAGUUACCUAGAUGCUUUAAAAAAGGCCAUACGUCUGGUGUCCGAAGAAGCGCAGAAACGAUUGUCCCAAGCUCAAGCAGCACUAACCUCUGCGCAGAGUGGUUUGACAAAGGCACAGAACUGGCUGGAUGAAAAACAAACGGCAGUUAGAGAUGCCAAUAUCAUAUUUGACAAUGCAGUUGAAAAACUUGAAAGAGUGAAAGAAAAACUUGAAGCAGCAAAGGGACCGUUAAAAGAAGCGAUAAAAAAAUUAGAAGACGCACAAAAAUCUGUUGAUAAUCUUUGUAGAAUAAGAACAUGUUCGAAAAUAUGCAUUCCUGGAAUUAGAUGUAAAAUUUGUCAUAAAAGGGUGUGGGGUGUUAAGAUACCAUACCCAUGUUGUAGAUUUACAAGUUGUAUGAUAAGCUUUCCUAAUCCACUUUGUGUUCUUGCUAAUUUAGCUUGUCGGAUUAUACGAGCGGCCGCUUAUAUAUUGUUAGAAAUCGCAAAGAUAUUUGUUAGAGCAGCAAUGCUGGCUUUUGAUGUUGCUAAAGCAGCAGUAACUGUAGCACAAUUUGUAGUAGACAAGUCUCGUGUUGUUUUAGUAGUAGCUGAAGGAAUAUUAGAACUAGCUAAAACUGGUCUUGAAGUAGCAAAAGUCAUCUUUGAGGUCGCUAAAGUUGCACUGGAAGCAGUAAAAUUAGUAAUAGGUGCCGCAGUUAAGGUGCUGGAAUUUGUUAUAGAAUAUGGUUUGAAAAGUAUAAUAGACGUUCGAAACUGCGGAUUUAAUAUUGAAUUAUCUACUCACGACUUGCCUGCUUUCGAGGUUUCGUGUGAAGUAAACGCUUUUCGGUUGGGCUGGACAGAAAUUAAAUUGAAAAUAAACUUUAAAAACAUUCUACAGAGUAUAUGGCAGGCAGCGAGGGCAACAAUAAAAGCUAUCAUUGACAUUUUUGGUGGAAUCUUUUCUGGACGAAAACGAAGGGACAUUGAAUUUGAUGGGGCUUCACGUAUGCAUGUGCUGCUCCGGAAGAUACGAGAAUCAGGUGGUUUAAACAAUACUGAUACUUACUUAAAUGAAACUAUAAAUAUCAUAAACAAUAUUACAGGUUUUCGUGAUACAGGAGACAGUGACGCUGAGAACAGAAUAGAGCUUUUUCGUGAAAAAUGUAUAGCAAUAACUGUUAUACAGGACUUCAUGCAGGAUGCCUUUGAUUCCUUGCAAGGUGUCGUAAACGAAUCAAAAUCUUAUAUUGAUGAGAUUGACAAUGUAAAGAUGCAGUUACAAGAAUACACCAGUAUUAAUGCAACGACUGAAAAUGUUACUGCGGACAGUGUGGGAAUAAGUACAGAAUAUGCUGCUAACGCUUAUAACAUGACAGAGGAAGAUAUAGACAAGGCCAUAAAUGAUUCAAAAGCUGCAGCGGCUGACGAUCCAUUGCUAAAUGAAAUACAGUCAGCAGCAAAUAUUUCUGUACAAAGUGUUGAUGCUGAAACAAAAGCAGUUGAAUCUGUGGAUUAUCAAAGCGCUUGGUUUUCCUCAAUGAAAAAUAUGACGCGAGAAUACUUUAAUGAAUCAGAGUGUGAAAAUUUCCAGGACUGCAUUUUCUAUGCAAUUUCAAGCUUGUAUGCCCUCUACGAAUCAGAAGAUCUUCCAAAUAUAACGAGUAUACAGGAAUCUGUUCUAGAAUUGGAAAGCAUAUUGAUUGAAACGUUUCAGAACGAAUCUUCAUCAAUUAAGGAUACCUCAAUAGCUAUGGAGUAUGUUGUCAGUCAUAUCAACAACCUUGUUAGUAUGAAUUUGUUCUGUUCAGAAGCUCCGCAGUUUCUGACAAAUCUACAAAAUCAAACUGCAUUAAACGGUACCGAUGUUCAAUUUUACUGCCAUGUUACUGCCGAUCCGGAACCAGAUUACACUUGGUUUAAGAACGACAUAAUCAUUGCCGGUGAAAUUUCAAGCAGGAUAACUAUUACAAACGUUACAGAGAGGGAUACGUUUGACAAGUACAACUGCGUGGCUGGAAACGUGGUUGCUAACGUAACGUCUAAUGAUGGAUACAUUACUGUUGUCUUGGAAGAUGAAGACGAAUGUCUGGCUGAGGGGACUGAAUGCCAACAUGUUUGCAACAACACGGUUGGGUCAUACACAUGUUCUUGCUAUAACGGAUAUAUGCUUGAGGAGGAUGGGAUCUCAUGUUCAGAUUUGAAUGAAUGCAAUGAAGACAAUGGCGGUUGCAAACAAUCAUGCAAUAACACAGAAGGAUCAUUCACAUGCUCUUGCAAUACUGGAUACCAACUCAAUGCUGAUGGGAGAACAUGUAAUGAUCUAAACGAAUGCUUGACAAACAAUGGGGGAUGCCAACAUACGUGCAGUAACUUGGAAGGAACAUUUGCAUGUGUUUGCAAUGACGGAUUUGAACUAAAUAUUGAUGAGAAAACAUGCAAUGAUAUAAACGAAUGCACUACAAAUAGAGGAGGGUGCCAACAAUCGUGUAGUAACACGAAAGGAUCAUUCACAUGUUCUUGUAAUGAUGGAUACGAACUACAUACUGACGACAGAACGUGCAAUGAUAUAAACGAAUGUCAAACAGAAAAUGGGGGAUGCCAACAUAAGUGCAUUAAUGAGGAAGGAUCAUACACGUGUUCUUGUGAUGAAGGAUACGAACUACAUACUGAUGGGACAACAUGCAUUGAUAUAGACGAAUGUCUGACAAACGAUGGAGGAUGCCAGCACAAGUGCAUAAAUAAGGAAGGAUCUUUCACGUGUUCUUGUGAUGAUGGAUACGAACUACAUACUGAUGAGACAACAUGCAAUGAUAUAAAUGAAUGUCUCACAAACAAAAGUGGAUGCCAUCACAAGUGCCGUAACGAGGAAGGAUCAUUCACGUGCUCUUGUGAUGAUGGAUUCGACCUACAUACUGAUGGGACAACAUGCAUUGACAUAAACGAAUGUCUGAUAAACAAAGGGGGAUGCCAACACAAAUGCAUUAAUGAUGAUGGGUCAUUCAUGUGUUCUUGUGAUGAUGGAUACAAACUACAGACUGAUAAUAGAACGUGCAAUGAUAUAAAUGAGUGUCAGUCAAAAAAGGGAGGCUGCCAACAUACUUGUCUUAACGAGGAAGGAUCAUAUUCGUGUUCCUGUGAUGAUGGAUACGAACUACAUACUGAUGGAUCAACAUGCAGUGAUAUAAACGAGUGUCUGUCAAACAAGGGUGGGUGCCAACACAAGUGCGUUAACGAGGAAGGGUCAUUCACUUGUUCUUGUGAUGAUGGAUACGAACUACAUACUGAUGGGACAAUAUGCAAUGAUAUAAAUGAAUGUCUGACAAACAAAGGAGGAUGCCGACACAAGUGCAUUAAUGAAGAAGGAUCAUUCACGUGUUCUUGCCAUGAUGGAUACGAGCUAUAUACUGAUGGGACAACAUGCAGUGAUAUAAACGAGUGUCUGUCAAACAAGGGAGGGUGCCAACACAAGUGCAUUAAUGAAGAAGGAUCAUUCACGUGUUCUUGCGAUGAUGGAUACGAGCUAUAUACUGAUGGGACAACAUGCAAUGAUAUAAACGAGUGCCUGUCAAACAAGGGAGGGUGCCAACACAAGUGCGUUAAUGAAGAAGGAUCAUUCACUUGUUCUUGUGAUGAUGGAUACGAACUACAUACUGAUGGGACAACAUGCAAUGAUAUAAACGAAUGUCUCACAAACAAGGGAGGAUGCCAACACAAGUGCAUUAACGAGGAAGGAACAUUCACGUGUUCUUGUGAUAUGGGUACGAGCUACAUACUGAUGGGACAACAUGCAAUGAUAGAAACGAAUGUCUGUCAAACAAGGGAGGCUGCCAACAUACAUGUCUUAACGAGAAAGGAUCAUACACGUGUUCCUGUGAUGAUGGAUACGAACUACAUACUGAUGAGACAACAUGCAAUGAUAUACACGAGUGUCUGUCAAACAAGGGAGGAUGUCAACACAAGUGCAUUAAUGAAGAAGGAUCAUCCACGUGUUCUUGCGAUGAUGGAUACGAACUACAUACUGACAGGACAACAUGCAAUGAUAUAAACGAGUGUUUGUCAAACAAGGGAGGGUGCCAACACAAGUGCAUUAAUGAAGAAGGAUCAUUCACUUGUUCUUGUGAUGAUGGAUACGAACUACAUACUGAUGGGACAACAUGCAAUGAUAUAAACGAGUG